UAACAAAAAUCAGUUUUUUAAAAUUAUUCACAUGACGGCCAUUAUUAUAUCAAUUUAUUUUACUAUUUAAUCCGUUUCUAUUAAUGUUUGACAAACUCGCAGUAUAAAUAUUACACGUUAACAGUCAGUGAUAUCUGUUUGGAUAAAUUAUAUGAAAUGCCACAAGGAAUGUUAUUAUGUAGGAAUCUUCACAAAGGACCGAGCAUGAAUUUCACGUGUUAAACGAAAUUCACCCAAAUACCUCUUCUUCUCUGCGGUAAUAAUAGGAUAGAAUUGUAUUACCAAUAACGAGCGGCGGCCAUGGGCGUUGCCGAAGAUUUUGCCCCGAGUUUCACGCAGAAACCGCAGCUGCGACAGGAAGACGAGGGCAACCGAUUGAUAUUCGAGUGCCGACUGCUAGGAUGUCCCAAACCGGAAAUAUCGUGGUUCCGAGGGGAAACCCAGCUGGCCGAAGACCACAGGACAGUAAUGAAAAUCCAGGCGGUGGCCACCAACACUUAUGUGGUCAUCCUGGAACUGGACGACGUGGUCGAAAUGGAUGCCGGCUUAUACAAGGUUAAGGCCAAAAAUAAGAUGGGCGAGGUGGCGGCUUCGAUUAAUUUGAAUUUCAGCCCUUCUGAUGAACCACAUGAUAAACAAAUUGACGGUUUAGCACCGACGUUUUCUAAAAAACCGUCCAUCAGACAAGAAGACGAAGGCAAGAGGCUUUUAUUCGAGUGCACUAUACAGUCUGAUCCGCGACCUACAAUAUCGUGGAUUCAUGGCGGAAAACCAGUGAUCGAUUCGCCUAGACACAAGCAAUAUGUAGAUAAAGAUGGACAUUCCUAUUUAGCAACUCUAGAAAUAAGAAACGUCACUGUCGAGGAUGCCGGCAAGUAUAAAGUCACGGCAAAAAACGAAUUGGGCGAGAGCAACGCAACUAUCAGUCUCAAUUUUGACAGUGACGAAGCCCCUGUACCUGAAGAUGGGAUUAAACCCACGUUUACCGAAAGGCCCAUAAUUACACAGACUGAAGAUAGUAAUAAUGUUAUAAUAGAAUGUCGUUUGGUGGGAGACCCUAAGCCGACAGUCCAGUGGUACCACGGUAAAAAACCGAUAUCGGGUAGUAAGUAUUCCUCGUCACUGGAUAUAGACCAAAAACUGUACUAUCUGGCCAGGCUACAGAUAAAAAACACCGAGGUGGCCGACGGUGGAGAGUACAAAGCCGAAGCAAACAAUAAGCACGGAAAGUGCGUUGCUGCAGUCAUAUUGAACUUACACGACGAAACGGGCCAGCUCAAAAUACCGGAAGAAAAGCAACCGAGAUUCCCGAAGAAACCUGUAAUACACCAAGAAGGCGAUGUUCUGGUUAUGGAAUGCGAACUCGAAGCCAACCCUAUUCCUGAAAUCAACUGGUAUCAAGCGUCCAAACUUUUAUUGGAUACCGGACGCAUUAAAAUGUCGAAAAAGACUAUCGGCAAAGACGUAUACUUACUUAGAUUAGAAAUAACCAAUCCUACCAAAGAGGAUGGUGGAAAUUACCGCUGUAACGCUUGCAACGUAUACGGCGAAAGCAAUGCAAACAUAUCAUUAAACUUCCAAGGUGGUGAUGCUGGUUCUGGGAUGGCGCCAUCGUUUAUCGAGAAACCUAGAAUUAUUCCCAACGAGUCCGGUACACUGAUCACGCUCAGAUGCAAGUGCCAGGCGAAUCCUAAACCAGAAGUAACGUGGUACAAAGGCACAAAAGUGGUAACGGAGACGUCCAAAAUCACAAUGAAAGUAAACGGAGAAGACAACACAUACGAAGUGCUUUUGCUCAUACAGGACCCGAUUGGCCCUGAUAGCGGUACCUACAGGUGUCAUGUUCAAAACGAACACGGCGAGAGCAACGCCAACUUAAACUUGAACAUCGAAACCGAACCGGAACAGGAGGGCGAUCCUCCUACAUUCUUGGUGAAACCAAGGAUUCAGUCAAAGGAGAACGGUAAACUUAUCGUAAUGGAUUGCACGGUGAAGGCUAAUCCCAAACCUGAAGUUGUAUGGUACCACGACGGAAAGGUACUCAGCCAGACCUCAAAGAUUUCUUGGAGAGUCGAGGAUAGAGCGGAUUCGUAUUACAUUUGUUUAGAGUUAAAGAACCCGGGUAAAGAGGAUACUGGUUUAUACAAGUGUAGUAUAAAAAACGGGAAUGGUGAACUGAAUGCGAAUUUAACACUCAAUAUUGAAAUAAUACCUGUGAUCAAAGAAGUCCCACGUGUUGUCACAAUAUCAAGAACCAAAAACGUUGUCAUUGAGUGUCGCAUCCAGUCCAUUUUCGAGCCCCAAUGCACUUGGAAGAAAGACAACACCGUGAUCAGAGACAACGUUUCAAGGCAAACGAUAAUCGAACGUGUUAAGGACGGAGAGUACGUGGUCAAAUUGGAAGUGAAAAACGCUUCUACCACCGACAAAGGUGUAUACAAUUUGAUCGCUAAAAACGAGAAGGGCGAGGCAGUAUCCACGCCUAUCGAAGUCAAAGAAGUCGCUGAAGACAAAGAAGAAAAACCGACUAUUGGUCAAAAACUCCAGCCCAUUACUGCUGUAUUAGGAGAUAGAAUUGAAUUCGUUUCCACAUUAACGAAAAUUGACAAAAAGGUCACUGUCACGUGGUACAAAAAUUCGGUCGUAGUCAGAGAAUCAACGGAUACAGUUAUUAGCUUUGAUGGCAAACGAGCGAGCUUGGUAAUUACCAACACGAAAUUAUCACAUAGUGGCAGGUACAAAAUUUUAUUCAGAAACUAUCUGGGAAGUGAUGAAUCGUAUGCUGAACUUGAUGUCUCAGAAAAAAUGGAAGUGGACAAAGAAGAAGAAGAAGAGAAAGAAGAAACCAAAGAAAAGACUAUCAAGCGAAAAUCUUCUAUCGCGGCAUCUAAGAAAACGUUGGAGACUGAAGAGAGUGAAGAUGCACCACCAGAAGAGAAACGUAGAGCUUCUAUAUUAAAGAAAAUUAAUGAGACUUCUUCGACAACAGAAGUAACGGAGACAAGAAGACGCUCUUCGAUUUUAAAGAAAAUGGAAAAAAAGGAAAGUGAAACCUCUAUUACGGAAGACACUGAGAACAAACUUCAAGAAAGACGUCGGUCGUCAGUGUUAAAAAAAUCGGUUAAAGAUAAAUCGGAGAAUAAAACAGGCGAAAAGAAGAAAAUAUUAAAAAAAAAAACUGACGACGAUAGUAUUGCUUCACCCGAAAAAGAAAUACAAAUAGGAUCACGUCGCUCAUCUGUUUUAAAAAAAACAACCGAUGGCGAAACGGUCGAACCAGUUGAAGAAGAACAGACAUCAGGUCAUCGUCGGACCUCAGUUUUAAAAAAAACUUCUAAAGAAAAUACUAUUAAUAACCACGACGAAGUUAUGGAAGUAGACGAUGAUGAUGAUAACAGUUCCUCCUCUCCCGAAUCGAGUAUUAACGAAACUCCGUUGAGGAGAAGAAACUCUUCGAUGAAAACGACCUCCGAAACUAUUGAAACGUUUGAAACUAACAAGUCAGAUAUUAAGAGACAACCGUCGGUAAAAAAACCCAGUGAUAUACUUGGCUCAGUCGAUGACGAAAAUCAAGAAGUUAAACGCCGAACAUCGAUCAAAAAAACCAGCGACACGUUUGGAACGGUUGAGGACGAAAAGCUCGAGGUUAGACGACGAUCAUCUGUGAAGAAAACCGCUGAUGCACUAGAUAAUAUAGAAGACGAGGCGGUAGAAACUAGGCGACGUCCAUCGGUAAAAAAACCUAGUGAUACCCUAAAAUCUGUCGACGAGGAUAAACCCAAUACUAAACAGCUGUCGUCAAAAACUACUGACACCUUAGACACCACAGAAGACGAUGUACCGGAAACUAAGAGACGACUAUCGGUAAAGAGACCUAGUGAUACUCUGGGACUGGUUGGCGAUAAGGAACCUGAAGUAAGAAGGCGAACUUCAGUAAAAACAACCAGUGAAACACUGAAAUCAAAUGAUGAAGAAUUAGCAGAGACUAAGAGACGUGCUUCAGUUCAAAAACCUACUGAUACCCUUGAAUCGGUCGACGAGGAAUCAUUUGUAAGACGACGAACAUCAGUAAAAAAACCCAGUGAUAUACUGGAACCGGUCGAUGAUGAGAAACCUGAUGUUAACCGUCGAACAUCAGUAAAGACAUCUCGUGAAACUUCAGAGACAUUGAAAGACAAAUCUCCGGAAACUACGAGACGUCCGUCGGUUAAAAAACCUAGCGAUACACUGGAGCCGGUUGAUGAUGAUAAACCAGAUGUGAAACGAGGAUCAUUGGAACACCAAAGGCGUUGGUCGAAUGCAAAACCCAGCGAUACUCUGGGACCAGUUGGCGAUGAGAAACGACGAGCUUCAGUAAAAACGACCAGUGACACAUUAGGAAAGGUCGAUGACGAUACACUAGAAUCUAAGAGACGUCCGUCAUUUAUAAAACCCAACGAUGACGUAAGAUCGGUCGGAGACGAAACACCGGAUAUAAAACGACGUUCAUUGAUAAAAAAAAAUACUGAUACAGUAGAAACAGUCGGAGCUGACCAAACAUACCUGACGACGUCGCCAUCGGUUAAAAAACCUACCGACUCCCUAGAACCGGCCGUUAGCGAUAAGCCAGAAGUUAAUCGACGACAAUCUGUUAAAGAAUCCAGUGACAUUCUGGAAAAUAUUGACACUGAUAAAACCGAUAGUAGGCGAAGAUCAUCUGUAAGAAAGGCCAGUGAUGCAACACUAGGGUCUGCUGACGAUGAAAGACCAGCAAACAAAAAACAGCCAUUAGUCAAAAAUGCCAAAAAUGAAAUACUAAUACCACACAGAGACAUGGUAAAACUUCGGCCGGUUUUAAGAAAACAACCUGAAGCUAAGCCAGUAGAGAUUGUUGAAAUCGGCGGACCUCGACGUUUGUCUGUCUUAAAUAAAUCAACCGCAGAAAACAAAACUUUAAAAACAGAUGAGAAGAAUGUUGAGGCAAAAAGACCUUCUAUUAAAAAGAAAGUACCGACACCAAAAGAAAAUGUUGAACCUGUUCAACCAGAGAAGAAAAUGCGUCCGUCAAUAACAAAUGGAACAAGGUUGACAACUCCGCAGGAUUCGUUCGACGAUACAAAAUCUAUCGACGACCGAACGCCGGAGGUGAGUGUCGCCGACUAUUCCGUUAUGUCUGAAGAUGAAAGUUCAAUUCAAGAACAGCCGAGCAUCACUUUUGAUGCUCCGGACGACAAACCGAAAACUAGACACGGUCGUGUACCGGAAAUCAAGGCGCCGGAAGCGCCUAAGAUUGAAGUGAUUCGAGACAAAUCGCCAGGCGAUUCCCGAAAGAGUUCUUUGGGACUCUCUGGAUCGACGAGUGGUCGUCGUGGAUCUCUGAUUCCUCCACCUGAGGACAAGGGACGUCGUCCCAGUUUGAUUAUCAGCGACGAAGAAAAUAGAAAAUUACGGCCCGGAGAGGUCCUGGAAGAAAAAAAGGUUGGAAAAUUGCGGCCGGGUCAGGUUAUUGAUGAAAAGCGUCGUCGACCUAGCACGGAAAUGCGACGUCCUAGCAUUGCGGAGCUCGAAGAAAAAAUCGACAAACCUUCGACUCCUCUAAAGGACGUGGGCCCCGUUGGACCGCCAAUGAUUGUGGACGUCGCCGAAAGCUACUCGGCCAUAGAAGAUCAGACCGGCUACAUAACCGUGCAGGUGGAAGGCACGCCAGCGCCUACGUUUAAGUUCUACAAAGGCAUUACCGAAAUCAUAGAAGGGGGACGGUUCAAGUUCCUCACUGACGGCGAAACCAACACGAUUACCCUUUGCAUGCGCAAAGUCAAGCCAAACGACGAAGGAAAGUACACGGUGACCGUGACCAACAAGCACGGUUCCGAUACGGCCGAAAUGCAAUUAUACGUUUCAGACGCCAGCGGUAUGGACUUCAGGGCCAUGUUGAAGAAAAGAAAGUACGCCAAAUGGGACAGAGAAAAGGGAGAUCCUGAUUGGGGCGAACUCAAGGAAACGGAAAUACCAGUGCCGGCAUUAAAGAAAGUAGAACGGAAACAAGAAUCGUUCUUGAAGCCGCUGGUCGACCAGUACGCUAAAGAAGGCAAAGACAAAAAAGUGGUUUUCGAAGCCGUGUUCUCAAAACCUAAUUCGAAACCUAGAUGGUUUAUACGCAAAGACGAAAUAUUUAUUGGAUCUAAGUACAAGUUCAAAAACGAAGGGGAUGUGUACCAAAUGAUUAUAACGGGACCCAAAGUAGAUGAUACUGGAAAAUAUACAAUUGAAAUAGGCGGAAUAAGUUCUACCGCUUAUCUCAACGUUGAAGAACCGGACCCGGUUUACACGUUUAUCCGGCCAUUGAAUUCGACAACCGACGGUUACACUAGACACGAGACCAAUAUGGAAUGUACGGUAAGCAGCAGUAUGGCCAUUGUCGGAUGGUACAAAGAAAAAUUGAAACUGACCGAAGGCGAAAAGUACAGUAUUUCGAAGGACAUGAGUGGCAAUUGCCGCUUAACAAUAAAGAACUGCGAACUCACCGACAGCGGCAAAUAUUAUUGUCGCAUAGAAAAACAAGACGACAAGACUUCUACUACAGCCAAAAUCGUCGAUUAUCCAUAUAAAUUCGUCAAAGUGUUGAAACACCAGCAAGUAACGGAGAAGGAUGCUGUGACGUUGAUUUGUGAGCUAGACGAUGCGCUUGGAGACGUUAAAUGGUCCAAGAACGGACAAGAUCUUAAAGCAGACAAAAGGGUCCGCAUAGUAAAAGAAGGUAGAAAGAGAAAAUUAGUAAUCAACGAGGCAAAAAUCACAGAUGCAGGCUUGUACGCAUGCACAUCCAACGCCGACAGAACCGAAGCCGAACUCGUUGUUAAAUACCAAAACAAAUUCAACAAAAAACUCAAAGAUACGACAGGCAUUGAGCGGGAGAAAUGUAUCUUCGAAGUCGAACUUCAAGAUCAGACGGCUCCAGCCGAAUGGUUCUUUGAUGAUAAACCCAUUGUGCCAUCGGAUAGAAUCGAAAUAAAAAAUCUAGGCGGUGGAAAACAUCAGCUAAUAUUCAACAAGUUGGAGAUGAAAGACGCCGGUGAGAUAAUGUGCAAAUCCAACGACCUGACAUCCAUAUGUUUGUUAGAUGUGAAAAAGGGCGAAGAGAAGCCUGUAAUAUCGUUUGACGAAAAUAUAGAAGGACCCGUGACGCGUCCGUUAACCUUCGAGGUUCCUUACAAAGUAAACGGUACAAGACAAUCGACUAUAGAUGCAAAACUCUUAAAGGACGGCAAACCGUUGUCACCUAAAGACGUGGAGAUCAUCGUGCAUGACGAUAAAAUUAUUUAUAACAUUAAAAAACCCGCUCACGAGCUCUCUGGAAAAUAUCAGAUAAAACUCAAAAACGACCAAGGAGAAGAUGUCAAAGAUGUUAAUAUUAACAUGCAAGACGUUCCCUCACCACCAUUGAACUUGGAAGUAUCUGAUAUUAUGAAAAACAGCUGUAAACUCAAAUGGCAGCCAGCUGCGGACAACGGCGGUUCUCCUAUUGUGCAUUACCUAGUCGAAAGACAGGACUUAUCUGUUAAAGGCGGAUGGCACAACGUUGCUGAAGUUAAAGCUGACUCACCGCUCACAUUAGACGUAACUGACUUAACAGCGAAAAAAGAAUACAAAUUCCGCGUAAGAGCCGUUUCGAAAAUUGGUGCUUCCGAACCAACACCGUUGGCCAAAUCCAUUUUGGCUAAAGACCCAUGGGACGAACCCAGCAAACCGAAUAACGUUGAAGUCGUUGACUGGGAUAAAGACCAUGCGGAUUUAACUUGGACGAAACCGGAGAACGAUGGAGGUGCUCCCAUAACGGGAUACAUUAUAGAAUACAAAGAAAAAUUCGGAAAAGAUUGGGUUAAAAGCAAAGUCUACGAAGGUGAUAUAACAUCGGCCACGAUUGAAGGCUUAAAGGAAAAUACCCAGUAUGAAUUCCGAGUCAGAGCCAUCAACAAAGCGGGUCCAGGUGAACCUAGUAUUGCUACGAAGCCUAUUAUCGCCAAAUCGCGUUUCGUUAAACCGUGGAUUAUUGGUGACGACUUGAAAAACAUAAUCGUCAAAAAGGGACAAGUGAUCAAAUACGAUAUCAAAUAUGGAGGUGAACCUGAACCAGAAGUAAUUUGGCAAAUAGGUGAAAACCAAAUCAAGCACGACGGUGACAGAAUAACGAUCGACAAAUAUGAACGCAAUACUUUAUUGACGGUCCGAAGGGCAGUGAGAGCCGAUAGCGGAAAAUACAAGUUGAUACUGAAAAACAGUUCUGGUACAGCCGAACGGACUGCCGAAGUCAUUGUUUUAGACAAGCCUUUGAGACCCAAGGGUCCAUUGAAAGUCGAAGAAGUUAGGGCUGACCACGUUACCGUGUCAUGGCAAAAGCCAUCAGACAACGGGGGUUCAGAGAUAACAGGUUACAUCAUCGAAAAAAUGGACAUAGAGACCGGUCGAUGGGUGAACGCAGGAGAGUCUGGUCCAGAUAAAGUAGAAUUUAAGGUUACCAAUUUGACUCCAAAAAAGAAGUACAAGAUCAGAGUAAAGGCGGUAAACAAAGAAGGAGAAUCCGAACCUCUCGAGACCUCUGAGGAUAUUGUUGCAAAGAAUCCAUAUGAUGAACCCGGUGAGCCCGGAAAACCAGAAAUAAUCGAUUACGACAACAAGAGCGUAACGCUCAAGUGGAAGAAACCGGAAUCGGACGGUGGUCGACCGAUCACACACUAUGUGGUCGAAAUGAAAGACAAAUUUUCGACGGACUGGAGCGAAGUGACUAAAACGGCAGACGGCACUCCGGAAGUGAAAAUCGAAGGACUUAAAGAAAAAAUGGUGUAUCAGUUCCGCGUAAAAGCGGUAAACAAGGCGGGUCCAGGAUCUCCCAGCAAGCCGACCGAGCCACACGUGUGCAAACACAGAAAUCUAAAACCGAGAAUCGACCGAGAAGGUAUGAAAAACAUCACGAUCAAGGCGGGCAGAAAUCAAAAGUGGGUAGUAGACGUAUCUGGAGAGCCGACGCCCACUCUGACGUGGCGACUGAAAGACGAAACAGUCGUCAACAACGAGAGGGUCAAGAUCGAAAAUGUCGACCACCAGACAACGCUGACAAUAACCGGUGCCUUGCGCAAGGACACGGGUGUAUACACUUUAAUAGCCGAGAACGCGUCGGGCAAAGACGAGGCAACUCUUGAAUUUACGGUGCUGAGCAAGCCUGGUGCACCGAAGGGGCCGCUAGAAGUAACGGAGAUAACCAAAAAGAGUUGUAAAGUCAAGUGGAAGAAACCGGAAGACGACGGCGGAUGCCCUAUCACCGAAUACGAAGUGGAGAAAAUGGACACGACAACUGGCAAAUGGGUGCGAGUGGCCAAGGUGCCGGCUAAGGACAGUGUUAAAGAACCCGAAUGUGACGUGACCAAUUUAGAACCAGGAAAGGAGUACAAAUUCCGAGUGACGGCCGUCAACAAAGAAGGAGAUUCGGAGCCCUUGACCACGACAAAGACCAUAAUAGCUAAAAAUCCAUUUGACGAACCGUCGAAGCCUGGAACACCAGAUAUCGUUGAUUACGACAACCAAAGUGUAACACUUAAAUGGACUGCUCCUGAAAAGGACGGCGGUGCUCCCAUUGAGAAAUAUAUAAUUGAAAAAAAAGACAGGUUCAAACAAGAUUGGGAACCCGCAUUAGAAGUGCCGGCUACUGAGUUAAAAGCUAAGGUGCCGGAUCUAAAAGAAAAAUCAGAACUUCAAUUCCGAAUUGUAGCCGUUAACAAAGCGGGACCAUCGCCCGCAUCAGAACCGACGAAACUACAUAUCGUUAAACACAAAUCAUUGAAACCUAGAAUUGAUCGAACAAAUUUGAAAAACGUUGUGGUAAGAGGUGGAAAGACAGUUAAGUAUGACGUCAACAUAAAAGGCGAACCCGCUCCAACAGUCAAAUGGGAGCUGAUUAACAAAGAGACUGAACAAGUUUUAAAGGCUGUCGUAUCAGAAAGAAACGUGCAGAUCGUGAACGUUCCGUACAAUACGAAAAUCACAUUAUCGGACACGGUCCGUAAAGACUCUGGCGUAUAUAAAAUCAUUGCCGAAAACGAUUUUGGAAAAGACGAAGCAACCGUGGAAGUUACGGUUCUUUGUCCACCGACCAGACCGGAAGGUCCGCUUAAAGUGAAAGAAGUAACAGCCAGCGGCGCUAAAGUAAAGUGGGACAAACCCAAGGACGAUGGCGGCAAACCAGUGACGGCUUACGUGGUCGAAAAAAUGGACGCACAGACAGGACGUUGGGUUCCGGUUGGCCGGGUCCAAGAACCGGAAAUGGAUAUAAAAGGUUUACAGGAAGGUCACGAAUACUCGUUCAGGGUGAAAGCCAUGAACGAGGAAGGCGAGUCUGAACCUCUGGAAACGGAAAGCACCAUUGUCGCCAAGAACCCUUACGAAAUUCCUGGCAAGCCAGGCACGCCCAAAAUUGCCGACUGGGACGUGGACAGAGUUGACCUAACAUGGACCGAACCGAAAAACGACGGUGGCGCGCCCAUUACCGGGUACGUGAUCGAGAAAAAGGACAAGUUGUCUACCGUUUGGGAUGAAAUUUUAACUACUAAAACACCAGCGUGCCAAGCAACAGUAAAAAACCUAAAAGAAGGCCACCAGUAUCAGUUCCGAGUGCGGGCAAUAAAUAAAGCUGGACCGUCAGAACCCAGCGACGCAACCAAAAUGCACACAGCCAAGGCCAAGAACUUGAAACCAUUGAUAAACCGCGAGAAAAUGCAAAAAGUCGUCGUGAGGGCUGGACAAGUAGUGAAAUUCGACGUGGACGUCCGUGGCGAACCUCCACCGACUAUGACGUGGUCAUUCGGAAACAAACCACUGACGCCAGAACGUACAGUGAAAAUAGAAAACGAAGACUAUAACACGAAAUUGGUGCUGUCCGACAACACCAGAAAGACCUCUGGAAUUUACACAUUACGGGCUGAAAACGCGUCCGGUUUCGACGAAGCCACAGUAGACGUAGUUGUUUUAGACAAGCCGUCUCCGCCGGAAGGUCCUCUUGAAGUUACUGACGUGCACAAAGAGGGCUGUAAGUUACACUGGAACAAACCAAAGGACGACGGUGGACUGCCGAUCACUGGGUAUUUAGUCGAAAAAAUGGAUACGACUACAGGCAAAUGGGUGCCGGCCGGCUUCGUGGAUCCAACAAAGACAGAACACCAAAUCAACGGUCUCGAGCCGAACAGAAAGUACAACUUCCGCGUAAAAGCAAUGAACGAAGAAGGAGAAUCGGCACCGUUGGAAACGGAUGCUACCGUACUCGCCAAAAAUCCAUACGAUGCUCCCGCAGCUCCAGGAUUACCAGAAAUCGUAGAUUAUGACGAAAAUUCAGUAGAUUUAAAAUGGGACGCACCGUUUAGAGACGGUGGAGCACCUAUAACUGGAUACAUAAUCGAAAUGAAGAGUAAAUAUGAUCCAUCUUUCGUAAAAGCUGUUGAAGUGGUUGGAAAUGUUUGCAAGGGCAAAGUCCCAAAAUUAGAACCUGGACAACAGUACCAGUUCAGAGUGCGAGCGGUUAACAAAGCCGGACCCGGUGAACCUAGUGAAGAGUCUUUGCUACACACGGCCAAAGCGAAAUUCCUAAAACCAAGAAUAGAUAGGACUAAUUUACAAAAUUUGGUUAUGAAAGUCGGACAUACAAAACUGAUCGACGUCAAUAUUAGUGGCGAACCCGUUCCAGUUGUUACUUGGACGUUUAAGGAAUCUAUUUUGUCCACCGGCAAUUCGCUGGAAAUCACCAACAUGGACUACAACACAAAGCUAAUGAUUGUUAAGGCAAAGCGCGCUCAUAGCGGCGUUUAUCUGAUCACGGCUAAAAAUUCUGUCGGCGAAGACACAGCAACAUUCGACAUAACAAUAUUAGGCAAACCGACAAAACCGGGUGGACCUCUGGAGGUAACGGACGUGACCAAGAACGGUUGCAAACUCAAAUGGAAUAAACCCGAAGACGACGGAGGAACUCCGAUCGAAUACUACGAGAUCGAGAAGUUAGAUCCACUAACUGGGCAAUGGAUACCGUGCGGUAAAUCCAGCGAACCCGAAGCCAACAUUACCGGGUUACAAGAAGGUAAACAGUACAAAUUCCGCGUACGGGCGGUCAACAAAGAAGGCGAAUCAGAUGAUCUGGAGGCCGACAAGUUCAUCGUGGCCAAGAAUCCGUUUGACGAACCGACCAAGCCAGGCAAACCAUUGCCGACUAAUUGGGAUAAAUCAUUCAUCGAUCUCGAAUGGUCUCCCCCAGAAUCUGAUGGUGGAGCACCUAUUGAGAAAUACAUUGUGGAAAUGAGAGAUAAGGAUGACAACAGAAAUUGGGUACCAGUUUUGACCGUCCCUAAUAAAACUGUUGGUCGUGUGACGGACGUUGUUGAAGGCCACGAAUAUGAAUUUAGAGUGGUGGCUGUUAAUAAAGUCGGACCCAGUCCACCAAGUGACGUUUCAAAAUCGGUCGUUGCCAAACCUCGAUUUAUGGCUCCUAAAAUCGACCGUAAGAAUUUGAAUAAGAAGGAAGUUCGUAGAGGGAAGUUCUUGAAGUUUGAGGCAGACGUUCAAGGAGAACCCGCGCCCACUAUAACUUGGGCGUUCAACGGGCAACCGAUACUAUUCAAUGAUAGACUGACCAUUGAAAGCGAAGACUACAAGACCACAUUUAUACUGCAAAAAGCUAAACGCACCGACUCGGGUAUUUACACAAUAACGGCUAAGAACGAUUCUGGUACUGACAAAGCCGAAGUCGAGAUCAUCGUUCUCACCGCUCCUAGCAAACCAAAAGGACCGCUUAAGGUAUCCGAGGUGACCGCCGACGGAUGUGAACUAAAAUGGGAGAAACCGGAAGAUGACGGUGGUGUUCCAAUUGACCAUUAUGUUGUGGAGCGAAUGGAUACUGAAACAGGCAGAUGGGUUCCGGUAUGCGUGUCUAAACUGCCUGAGGCCGAGGUGACAGGCCUACACGAGGGAAAAGAGUAUUUGUUCCGUGUUAAAGCCGUCAAUGCUGAAGGGGAUUCCGAACCAUUAGAAACCGACUUUGGAAUCGUGGCCAAGAACCCAUACAAUGAACCCGACCGUCCAGGGAAACCUUACGCCAAAGACUGGAACAAAAACAGUGUGCACUUGAAAUGGACACCGCCAGCUUCCGAAAACGGAGCACCAGUCACUUCAUAUAUAAUUGAAAAGAAAGACCAAUACAGCUCAAAAUGGCAAAAGGCUACGGAGUUGAUUGGAAACAAAUGCGAUGGCCGAGUUCCCGACUUGGCAGAAAACAUGAAAUAUACUUUCCGCGUGAUCGCCGUAAAUAAGGGUGGUAUGAGUAAACCCAGUGAGCCUAGUGAUCCAGUAGUCACUAAAGAUAGAAAUGUGCCACCUGUUAUCGAUAGAAGUACGUUAAAAAAUUUAACGUUGAAGGCUGGACAACACGUGAAAAUUGAUGUGAAAAUCAGUGGAGAACCGCCUCCAACUAAAGUGUGGUAUCAUAACAAAGCGCGCUUAGAUAGCAAAGAUAACUUUAACGUGGAAUACGAGGAUUAUCGGACUAAAGUAUCAAUAUCUGUGGCGGAUAGGUCUCACACCGGGUCGUAUGUGAUCAAAGCGGAAAACGAUUCCGGCAAAGACGAAGCCACAUUCGAUAUCACAGUGUUAGACAAACCAGGAAAACCGGAGGGACCAAUAAAAAUAUCAGAUGUGCACAAAGAAGGAUGUACGUUGAAAUGGAACCCACCGGAAGAUGAUGGCGGAGUGCCGCUCAGUCAUUACGUUGUAGAAAAAAUGGACGCCGAAACCGGUCGUUGGGUACCGGCCGGAAGAAGCAAAGAACCAAACCUAACUGUGUCAAAUUUGAUACCUGGUCAAGAGUAUACGUUCCGAGUAUCUGCGGUCAACUCCGAGGGCGAAUCUGAACCAUUAACUGCCGAUCACUCGAUUAUUGCCAAAAAUCCGUUCGACGAACCAAACGCACCCACUGCACCGAAAAUUACCGACUGGGACAAAGAUUUUGUCGACUUAGAGUGGGAACCGCCCAUCAACGACGGUGGAGCCCCCAUUACUGGUUACGUAAUCGAGAAACGAGAAAAAGGAACGUCACGCUGGAUGAAAGCAGGCGAGAACAAAGAACCUGUGACCAAAGGACGAGCCGAGGACUUGGAAGAAGGAGUAGAGUAUGAAUUUAGAGUGAGGGCAGUAAAUAAGGCCGGACAAGGAGACCCAAGUCCGCCGAGCGCAUCCAUAGUGCCCAAACCAAGAAAAUUGGCCCCAAAAAUUGAUCGUCGCAAUCUCAAAUCACUAACCAUCCGUGAAGGUGAGCCAAUAUCUUUCGAUGUAAAAGUCUCCGGAGAACCGGCGCCUGACGUUGAAUGGAGAUUCAACAACUCAAAGAUUCGUACAAACAGUAUUUACCAAAUCGAUAACGUGCCUUACAAUACCAAGUUUUAUCACGCUAAUCCCACGAGAAGCGAUACGGGAGUUUACAAGAUUAUUGCUACUAAUAAAUACGGAGAAGAUGAGGAAGAAGUGGAAGUCACUGUUCUCGCUAAGCCCAGCAAGCCCGAAGGUCCGUUAGAAGUGUCAGACGUAAAUAAAGACGGAUGCACAUUGAAGUGGAAAAAACCAAAGGACGACGGUGGAGAACCGUUGGAAGGCUACUUGGUGGAGAAAUUCGAUCCUGAGAACGGAAUAUGGUUACCAGUAGGACGCACAAAAGACCCAGAAAUGCAAGUUAAUGGUCUUAUUCCGGGACAUGAAUAUAAAUUCCGCGUCAAGGCUCUUAACGGUCAAGGCGAGUCGGAACCCCUUGAAACCUCAUCUACCAUCGUUGCCAAAGACCCGUUCACAAAUCCUGAAACACCUGGUGCUCCAGAAAUCAAUGAUUGGAGUCAAAACCACGCUGAACUAAUAUGGAAAAAACCGUUUAGCGAUGGCGGAACUCCGAUCACUCAUUAUAUAAUUGAAAAAAAAGAUAAAUACAGUCCUGUAUGGGAAAAAGCUGGAGAAACAAUCAAUGAAGAACCACGGGGAACUGUUAACGGAUUAGUCGAAGGAAACGAGUACCAGUUCCGAGUUGUUGCUGUGAACAAAGCUGGUCAAAGUGAACCGAGCAAACCAUGUGCAAACUUCAUUGCGAAACCCCGAUUCUUGGCUCCACAUAUUGAUCGACGUAACUUGCAGGAUGUAAAAAUAUCGGCAGGGUCGUCCUUAAAGUUAGAUGCAGUAAUUACUGGUGAACCGCCACCACAUGUCGACUGGAGAUGCGGAGCCAUGCCGUUAAGAUCCGAACCACACGUCCACCUAGAAAUAGUGGAUUAUUAUACAAAACUAGUAAUUCGUCCUGUAAAUCGGGCUAAUAGCGGACAAUACACGGUUUCGGCAAUAAACAGUUCUGGCAAAGACACUGCUACCAUUAACGUUGUAGUAACUGACAAACCAACUCCACCAAUUGGACCUCUUCAAGUUUCCGACGUACACAAAGACGGUUGCCAACUAAACUGGAAGAGACCAGAAGACGACGGUGGUACUCCUAUCGAGUACUAUUUGGUAGAGAAAUUCGAUGUGCAGAAAGGUAGUUGGAUACCGUGUGGUCGGUCCCCUGAUACUGCACUUGCGGUGAACAGCUUGACGCCGGGUAAGGAGUACAAAUUCCGCGUGACGGCAGUCAAUGCAGAAGGUGAAUCUGAGCCGUUAGUAGCAACAGAAUCGAUUAUCGCUAAAAAUCCUUACGAUGAACCCGGUAAACCGGGCAAUUUGGAAGUGACAGAUUGGGACAAGAACUUUGUCGAUCUUAAAUGGAUACCACCAAAGGAUGACGGUGGUUCACCCAUUACGGGAUACGUAGUGGAGGUGAAAGACAAAUCUGGAACGUGGGAGAAAGCUCUUACGGUGCCGGCUGGCCUAACUACGUGCACGAUUCCUAGCCUAAUGGAAGGCGAACCGUAUCAGUUCCAAGUGAGAGCCGUAAACGCUGCUGGGCCUGGAGAGGCAAGUGAUCCGACCCAAACUAUCGUUACCAAACCACGUAACUUAGCCCCUCAUAUUGACCGCACAAACCUGAACGAUAUCAAAAUUAAAGCAGGACAAACCAUAAGUUUCGAUAUCAAAGUUACUGGCGAACCUGUUCCGAAAACCAGAUGGGUUAAAAAUCAUAGGGACAUUCGGACGGGCGAUGGGGUUAAACAAACGCAUGUAGACUACAAUACCAAACUGAUAAUUCGUAAUGCUACCCGAGAAGACUCUGGAACUUAUACUCUAACAGCUGAAAACAUAAACGGAAAAGAUACCGCAUACGCUGAAGUAACUGUUCUCGACAAACCCAGCCCACCAGAAGGUCCAUUAAAGGUGUCCGACGUAACCGCAGAAGGUUGCAAACUCGCGUGGAAACCACCGGAAGACAACGGCGGUCAACCUAUUGAGAACUAUAUCGUAGAAAAAAUGGACGAAGCCACAGGACGUUGGGUGCCUGCUGGAGAGACCGAUGGACCAGAAACAAACUUUGACAUUAAAGAUUUAAUACCUGGACACAAAUACAAGUUUAGAGUAAAGGCUGUAAACAAACAAGGCAAAUCGGAUCCGUUGACUGCUAACCAAAGCAUUGAAGCUAAAAACCCAUUCGAUGCACCUAGUCGUCCGUCAAACCCUGUUGUCAAAGAUUUCGAUAGUGAUUUCGUUGAGCUUGAAUGGGACAAACCAAAAUCUGAUGGAGGAUCACCAAUCACAGGCUACAUCAUUGAAAAGAAGGACAAAUACAGCCCUAAUUGGGUCAAAGCGGCUGAAGUAGUCGAAGACAAAAAUAGUGGAAUUGUACCCGGUUUAACAGAAGGCAACCAAUACGAAUUCAGAGUACGCGCAGUAAAUAAAGCAGGUCCAGGAGAACCGAGUGAAGCGACUCCGACUCACACGGCAAGACUUAAAAAACUGGCUCCCCAUAUUGAUCGAAACACUCUUACGGAUAUCAAAGUUCGGGCUGGAAACAUGUUCGAAUUCGACGUUAAAGUUUCUGGAGAGCCUCCCCCAACAAAAGAAUGGUCGCUCAAGGGAGACGUGCUGCUAAAAACAGACAACAUAAGUAUAAGCAACCAAGACUAUUCGACAAAACUGAAAGUACUUGAUGCCAAACGAUCAGACGACGGAAUCUACAUUUUGGUGGCCAGAAAUAUUCACGGAAUGGAUAAGGCUCAAGUCAAAGUAACCGUAAUCGAUGUACCACAACCACCAGAGGGACCACUACAUCCUACUGACGUGACAAAGAACUCAUGUGUUCUCAAAUGGAAUCCACCAAAGGACGACGGUGGAUCGGAAAUAACGCAUUACACGGUUGAAAAAAUGGACGCUGACACUGCUAGAUGGGUCCCGGUAGGAGAAGCUGUUGGAACUUCAUUAAGAGCCGACCACUUGAUUGAAGGACACAACUACAACUUUAGAGUAAGGGCUGUCAAUAAAAUUGGUGAAUCCUUACCACUAAACACGUUCGAUGGUAUAACUGCUAAAGACCCGUAUGAAAAACCGGACAAACCGGGCACGCCAGUAGCCACGGAUUGGGGCAAGAGCUUUGUCGACCUUGAAUGGACACCACCAAAGAAAGAUGGUGGAUCUGAAAUAACGCAAUACGUCAUUGAGAAACGAGAAAAAUACGGACCAUGGGAGAAAGCCGCUACUGUGAACGGAAAGAAGACCAAGGCUUCGAUACCAGAUUUAAGCGAAGGUCAUGAAUACGAGUUCCGAGUUAUUGCCGUUAACAAAGGUGGCCCCGGUGAACCCAGUGAGCCAUCAGCCGUUAUCACGUGUAAACCAAAAUUCUUGGAACCGGUUAUUGACUCGACAUUCUUACCUGACCUCAUCGUACGGGCCGGUAACAAAAUCAAUUACACCGUUCCAAUCGAAGCGGCUCCUAGACCAUCGGUCAAAUGGAGCAUCAAUGAAUUGCAAGUGACCAAUAAUCCCAGGAUUGACAUUCAAAUUUACAACGCUCAGGUCAUAUUCGAAAUACCGUUCUCGCAACGCAGUGACACCGGACGAUACACGUUAACGUUGGAAAACGAUUUGGGAAAAUGUUCAGCGUCUGCUAAUGUCACCGUACUUGACCGUCCGUCACCACCUGUAGGUCCAUUGGAUGUCUCCAACGUUAGGAAAGACGGAUGUCGUCUGACGUGGAAACAACCGGUCGAUGACGGUGGAGCACCAAUUUUGCAUUACGUCAUCGAAAAAAUGGACAUUUCCAGAGGUACUUGGUCAGACGCCGGAAUGACGACUUCAUUAUUCCACGACGUGAUCAGAUUGAUCCACAAGCGAGAAUACUUAUUUAGGGUGAAAGCCGUAAAUAAUAUCGGCGAGUCGGAUGUACUCGAAACUGACAAAUCUACAAUAGCUCGUAACGAAUUCGAUGAACCAGAAGCACCAGAAAAGCCAGUUGUUACGGAUUGGGAUGAGAACUUCGUCGAACUCCAAUGGGAAAAGCCAAAGAAUGACGGUGGCAGCCCCGUUACAGACUACGUAGUACAGAAAAAAGAAAAGGGUAGUCCGUAUUGGGUUAAUGCUCUUACGGUGCCAGGCAGGGAAACUAAGGCCACCGUUCCCGAUUUGUUCAAGGGACAAGAAUACGAAUUCAGAAUUAUUGCUAACAACAAGGCUGGCCCUAGUCCGCCUAGUGAUCCAUCCGAUCCAGUUAUCGUUAAGCACAGACAUUUGAAACCCAAAAUUAAGACGCCGCUAAAGGACCUGUUUAUAAGAGCCGGUACAGUGUUACACGUCGACAUUGAUUUCGUCGGCGAACCGCCUCCAGAUGUAACAUGGACGCUUAAUGGUUCAGAACUUAAACCAGAUAACCGAACUACAAUCACGUCCAUUGGUUAUCAUACGAUCAUGAACAGAGUGAAUUCAAAACGAUCAGAUUCUGGAGUUUAUAACCUACUGUUGAAAAACGAUUCUGGUACUGAUGAAGGGUCGUUUAACGUUACCGUUUUGGAUCGGCCAGGACCGCCCGAUGGACCCUUGGCCUACGAAGAUAUUACCGCCGGCUCGGUUACUUUGUCUUGGAAACCUCCAAAAGACAAUGGCGGAAGUGAACUGACAGCUUACGUAAUUGAAAAACGAGAUCUAACACAUGGUGGUGGAUGGGUACCGGCUGUAACAUACAUUAACCCAGCAUUCACACAUGCUACCGUGCCAAGAUUGAUUGAAGGCACCCGGUAUGAGUUCAGAGUUCGCGCAGAAAAUUUACAAGGAAUGUCCGAACCACUCACAACACUUGAACCGAUCAUCGCUAAGAACCAAUUCGACGUUCCUGGUAAACCAAGCAAGCCUGAAGCAUUAGAUGUCGACCAAGAGCACAUCAAAAUCGUUUGGACUGCUCCAAUGAGCAACGGAGGUUCGCCAAUUGUUGGAUACGAUGUGGAAAGAAGGGAACGCUCUUCGGCCGGCCGGUGGGCUAAGAUAACCAGGUCUCCGGUUAAGCAAACCGAAUACGACGACACUCACGUGCACGAAGGCAAACAAUACGAAUACCGUGUUAGUGCUGUGAACGCCGCCGGUUCUGGAAAGCCUAGUGACAUUUCCGAUGUUUACACGGCAAAACUAACCAGAGAAAAACCAAAAUUGCACUUGGACGCUUUAAUGGGUGGUCGGUUGAAGGUAAGAGCCGGUGAACCGAUCAACAUAAGCAUACCUAUAUCAGGUGCACCGACACCCAACAUUGAAUGGACCAUAAACGGCGAAACACCACCCGUGACUAACCGUAUACUCUCCGUAACCGGAAGCAACUUGACCAAAUUAAGAGUGGACAAUUCGACGCGCAAAGAUGCUGGAAAGUACACAGUGACGGCUUCCAACUCGUCCGGUAAAGACUCGGCAGACAUAUACGUUUCAGUAGUCAGCUGUCCCACAGCACCCCAAGGACCAUUGCACUACGCUGGAACAACGCAUGACUCAGUCACGUUGGCUUGGAGAGCUCCUGAAGACGAUGGUGGUAAUGACGUUACAGGAUAUGUCGUUGAAAUAUCCGAAUUUGGGACAGACAGUUGGAAACCAAUACCCGGAUUUUGUCCUAAUACUACAUUUACAGCGAAGGGUCUACAUGAAGGAAAACGUUAUGUAUUCAGAGUGCGAGCAGAAAAUAUGUAUGGUUUGUCAGAACCACUAGAAGGUCUUCCCGUUGUCGCCAAAAGUCCAUUUGAUCCACCCGACGCUCCUGGACAACCAGAAGUCACUCAUUAUACUCCGAACAGCUGUAGUUUCUGCUGGACACCACCUUUAAAUAACGGUGGAAGACCAAUAACAGGUUACAUUGUUCAAAAACGUGAAAGAGGUGGCGACUGGGUGAAGUGCAACAAUUUCCCUACUUCGAACACUAGUUUUACUGCUCAAGACCUAAGAGAAGGUAAUCGCUACGAGUUCCGUGUGAUGGCAGUCAACGAAGCCGGUACCGGCAAACCUAGCAAACCCAGCAAUCCUAUGACGGCUAAAGAACAAAAGAAAGUACCAGAAGCUCCCGAGGCUCCAAAACCAGACAGAAUCACGAAAGAUAGCGUUGUACUAUCGUGGCGUCCACCAAGGUUUGACGGAGGGGCAAAAAUCAAAGAGUACGUGUUGGAACAGAAAAAUAAGGGGGAUUCCAAUUGGAAGGAAGUAGACUGCCCUACGAUUUACUCCACUUUAUGCACGGUCGGAAACUUAAAAGAAGGUGACGAAUAUCAAUGGCGAGUAAUGGCCGUGAAUGAAGAAGGCAGGUCAAAACCUAGCAGGCCUAGCGUCAACGUUCUCGUUGAAGAGCAAGCCAACAAACCCUGCUUGGAUUUGUCGAGCGUUAGAGAUAUCACGGUGAAGGCCGGAGAAGAUUUCUCAAUACAUAUACCGUACGUUGGAUUCCCUAAGCCUACCGCCGUUUGGUUUAACAACGAUCAGAACAUAGACGAUAGCGAUUCUAGAGUACACUCUCAAUUGACCGACAACUCCGUUAGCUUAGUAAUUAAAAAUUCUAAGCGAACAGACGCGGGUCAAUACAGAUUGCAACUUCGCAACCAGUCCGGAUUUGAUACGGCCACUCUGCACGUAAAAGUCUUAGACAGACCACAACCACCAGAACACUUGUACGCCGACGAAUUGAAUGGUGAUUCAUUGACCUUGUUCUGGCGUCCACCUGCGGACAAUGGAGGAGCAGCAAUUUCCAACUACAUUGUUGAAAAGAAAGAAUUAAAUUCUACUACUUGGCAAAAGGUAAGUAAUUAUGUUGCAUCACAACAGUGCAAAGUACGAAACCUUAUUGUGGGAAAAACUUAUCAAUUCCGCGUAAUGGCUGAAAAUAAAUAUGGAGUAUCUGAGCCGGCGAUCACCACUGAUCCAGUAACUGCUAGACAUCCAUUUGACGUACCCGGAGCCCCAGGAGCGCCAAGAGGCAUUGAUACUUCAGAAGAUUCGAUUACAAUACAAUGGACGAAACCCCGAAACGAUGGCGGAUCACCGGUUACUGGGUACAUGGUGGAGAAACGCCUUAUCAGUGAUGAUAAGUGGACUAAAGCUUCUCAUGCUAUAAUCCUUGACACAACAUUGAAAGUACACAACUUGAUUGAAAAUCACGAAUACGAGUUCAGAGUUGCAGCAUUGAACGCAGCUGGUCAAGGUCCAUGGAGUUCAUCUUCAGAUGCGAUUAGAUGUUGUGCACCAGCGUCUGCGCCAAAGAUAACUAGUGAUCUGAGCAUCAGAGACAUGACAGUAAUAGCCGGUGAAGAAUUUACAAUUACCGUUCCGUUUACUGGAAGCCCAUUGCCGAAACCGGUAUGGAGCAUAAACGGAGAAGAGAUCAUAUCUGAUUCGAGGAUUAAAUUUGAGACAUCACCUACAGAAACUGUUUUCAAAAAUAAAUGUGCUAAGAGAAAAACUGACACUGGUAGUUACACAAUACAUUUGAUCAAUAAUAUCGGUGCUGAUUCUGCAUCGUGUAAAGUACUUGUAGUCGAUAAACCAUUACCACCGCAAGGACCACUUGAGGUAUCCGACUUGACGCCAGAAGCUUGCUUGUUGUCUUGGAAACCACCAUUGGAUGACGGAGGCUCACCAAUCACUAACUACAUUGUAGAAAAGUACGAAGUUUCUUCAGGACUAUGGUCAAAACUCAGCAGUUUCGUCCGACCAUGCCAUUAUGACGUUAUAGGUCUAGAACCUAAUAGGAAGUACAACUUCCGAGUCAGAGCCGAAAAUCAGUACGGCGUGUCUGAACCGAUCGAAAUGGACUCCGUGAUCACGGCAAAGUUCCCAUUCACCGUGCCCGAUCCACCUGGUCAUCCACAAGUACUGGAAUCUGACGAAAUCAAGGCCACGUUAACGUGGGAACGACCUGUGCACGACGGUGGAGCCAAGAUCCAGGGUUACAAGGUUGAAUACAAGGACUUAACUGAAGGUGGCAACUGGAGGACGGCUAACGAUUACGUAGUAAAGGAACCGCUAUACGUCGUACACAAUCUGUUAAAUGAGCACGACUACGAGUUCCGUGUGUUGGCCAAGAACGCUGCUGGAUUUAGCAAACCUUCGGUGCCUACGUCUACGUUCCGUCUAAAGGGCAAAGCCAAGCCACCUUCCAAACCGGGCACGCCUAUUGUGCUCAAGGUGGGUAGAACUUAUGCCGACCUUAAGUGGGAACCACCCCUAUCAGAUGGCGGUAGCAAGAUAACCGGAUACUUGAUCGAAAAACGGCAGGUAGGCAGCAGUGCCGUGUGGGUUAAGUGCAAUGAUUAUUCUAUAUUUGACUGCAAUUUCACUGCGAUGAACCUCGUGGAAGGCGCUGACUACGAGUUCAGAGUGUACGCUCUAAACGCGGUUGGCAAAAGCGAACCUAGUUCGUGCACUACUCCUGUAAAGAUUUGGGAAUUCGAGGGUGGCGAGAAACCCGAUUUCAUAGUUCCGCUGACGAACAAAGUGGUUCAAUAUAGCAAACCAAUUACGUUAAAAUGCGAAGCCGUCGGCAAACCUACGCCAAGCGCUAAAUGGUUAAAAAACGGCCGAGAAAUCGCAUCUGGAAGUCGGUACAAGUGUGAGUCGAUCAACGGUGUUUUUAAAUUACACUUCCCUGAAGUUUCCGAAAUCGACGAUGGUGACUACACUUGUCAAGCCUACAAUUCUGUUGGAUUCGUUACGACAUCUUCUCGCGUUAAAAUAGGACACCCACCUAAAAUCGAACGUAUGCCAAAUGAGAUCAACGUUCCCGAGGGCCAAAACACCAAAAUCAAAGUAUUCUACAGUGGCGACCCGUUGGAAGACGUUGAUUUGGAAAAGAAUGGAACUGUUGUGCCAGAAAGCGACCGCAUUAAAUCGACAAUUUUCGACGAUUAUGUUAUUAUAUUCUUGAAGGAGGUAAAAAAGAACGAUGCUGCUAAUUAUACUGUAACUCUUAAAAACCCCAGUGGUAAUGCUUCGGGGACAUUUACCGUCAACAUAUCAGGAUUACCGGGACCCCCGAUCGGACCUCUGGCCGUAUCUGAAGUUACCAAACACACAUGUGCACUUUCAUGGCACGCGCCUAAAUUUGACGGAGGCUUAAAGAUCACAAACUACAUUGUAGAACGUAGAGACAUCAACUCCAACCAUUGGAUAUGCAUUUCGACCACGUGCAAAGACACCAACUUCCUCGUUCAAGGCUUAACCGAAGGAAAUGAAUACGUGUUUAGGGUAAUCGCUGUCAACGAUAACGGACUCAGUCCUCCGUUAGAAGGAGUUAAUCCAAUCAAAGCCAAAUCGCCAUAUGAUAAGCCAUCGCCGCCAGGAAUUCCCACCGUUACCGAAAUUGGCGGAGACUUUGUCAACCUUAGCUGGGACAGACCAUUGGACGAUGGAGGUUCGAGAAUUCAGGGAUAUCUGAUCGAUAAAAAGGAAAUCGACUCCGAAACAUGGCAGAGAGUGAACGCAUCACUUUGCGCUCCCACCCAGAUAAACAUUUCAAAUCUAAUAGAAGGCCGACAAUACAUGUUCCGCGUGUUCGCCCAAAACGAAGCCGGACUAAGUUUGCCCAGUCAAGCUUCUAACACCGUAACGAUCAAAGAUCCAUUGACCGCUCAACCACCAGAAAUUGUCAAACCACUGCGUAAGAUUCAAGCUGUUCAAAAUCAAAACGCUCAAUUCCAAUGCGUUAUCACUGGUGUACCUAAGCCCACAAUUACUUGGUACAAAGGUGCUCGAGAAAUUACUCCCAGUGCUCGUCACCACAUGUUCCAUGAAGGAGACACCUACACUCUUAUCAUUAACGGAGUCUAUGGUGCGGACUCUGAUGAGUACGUGUGCAGAGCAAGUAAUAAGGGUGGUAUAAAAUCAACUCGUGGAGAACUAUUGAUAAUGACACCACCGAAACUGAACGUUCCACCGAGGUUUAGAGACACUGCGUUCUUUGACAAAGGUGAAAACGUCGUUAUAAAAAUACCUUUCACCGGAUUUCCCAAGCCAAAAAUCACUUGGUACCGUGAAAACGAGGUGAUCGAAUCGGGAAGUCAUUUCGCCGUAGAAGUGUCAGAAAGACACGCAAUAUUAACUAUAAGAGACGUAAGCAAGUAUGACACUUCACCGUACCGCGUUCUAGCAGAGAACGACUUGGGCGUGGACAGUGCAAUCAUCAAGAUACAAAUUAGUGACCACCCCGAUCCACCGACCAAUUUAUCUAUCGAGGACAUUGGCCAAGACUCCCUGGUGCUAAGCUGGUCACCUCCAAUGUGGGAUGGUGGAUCCAACAUCACCAAUUAUCUAAUAGAAAAACGCGAGAUUCCAAUGAGCAGUUGGAUACGUGUGGGCAACACGCGAUUCACUUCGACUGCUGUGACCGGUUUGAGCCCCGGACACGAAUAUGAGUUUAGGGUGUACGCAGAAAACGUGUACGGCAGGAGCAAACCUAGCGACGUAUCAAUCAUGAUCAGAACCAAAGAGUUGUUGAAGAAACCGCCGAAAACUCAACGCUACGAAAUCGAUGAAAAUGGCAAAAAAGUACGAGGCAAAGCCGACGGACAUAUUAAAGACUACGAUCAAUAUGUGUUCGAUAUUUAUUCGAAGUACAUACCACAGCCAGUAGAUAUAAAAUCGCAGUCCGUCUACGACGACUAUGACAUCUUAGAGGAAAUCGGUACUGGAGCUUUCGGCGUGGUGCAUCGGUGCCGCGAACGCAAAACGGGCAACAUAUUUGCCGCCAAGUUCAUACCUAUAGCACACAACGUAGAAAGAGAACUCAUCAGGCGCGAGAUCGACAUCAUGAAUCAACUACACCAUCCCAAGUUGAUCAAUCUGCACGAUGCAUUUGAGGACGAGGACGAGAUGGUUUUGAUUUAUGAAUUUUUGUCCGGCGGUGAGCUAUUUGAGAGAAUUACUUCAGAGGGAUAUAGCAUGUCUGAGGCGGAAGUAAUUAACUACAUGAGACAGAUAUGCGAAGCCAUUAAACAUAUGCACGAGAAAAAUAUCAUUCACUUGGAUAUCAAGCCCGAAAACAUUAUGUGCCAGACCAAGAGGAGUUCAAACGUGAAAUUAAUCGACUUUGGUUUAGCCACCAAAUUGGACCCCAACGAAAUUGUCAAAAUAUCCACAGGAACGGCAGAGUUUGCUGCACCCGAAAUCGUUGAGAGGGAACCUGUGGGCUUCUACACGGAUAUGUGGGCCUGCGGUGUGCUUGCAUACGUUCUCCUAAGUGGUUUGUCUCCAUUUGCCGGCGAAAAUGAUGUGGAAACGCUGAAAAACGUCAAGGCGUGCGAUUGGGACUUUGACGAAGAGACGUUCGCCCAUAUUUCCGGCGAAGGAAAGGAUUUCAUAAGACGACUUUUGAUUAAAAACAAAGAAAAGAGAAUGACCGCCCACGAGUGUCUGAUGCAUCCGUGGUUGAUGGGAGACCAUUCAGACCGAACCAGUAUCAUCGAUAAAUCCAACUACAUCAAGAUGCGAGACCAGAUCCGACAGAAGUAUAAGGACUGGGAUUCAUACGCCCUUCCGCUGGGUAGAAUCGCCGAGUACAGCGCACUCAGGAAACUUAUGGUGGAGAAAUACAAAAUAUUCGAGACCUCAUUUGACCGACGACAAGCUGCGCCUCGUUUCGUCAUCAAACCGCAGAGCGCUUUCUGUUACGAAGGACAAAGUGUAAAGUUCACGUGCCGCGUAAUCGCCGUCGCCCAGCCCACACUGUCGUGGUACCACAACAAUGACGAGCUAAGACAAAGCGUCAAAUUUAUGAAACGAUACGCCGGAGACGAUUACACGUUCAUCAUCAACAGAGUGAAAUUGGACGACAGAGGCGAAUACAUAAUCAGAGCAGAAAACACUUACGGAUACAGAGAAGAAGUUGUGUUCCUCAACGUACAACCCAUGCCCAAAGCAGCUCCGACUUACAGGCCAGAAGUGACACAAGUCAGGAGACGCGAACCACUAACUCAAACGUAUUACAUAGAAGAGAAAGAGAGCGCGCCAAACUUCACGUUCUUGUUACGUCCUCGUGUUAUACAAAUACAUCAAACUUGCAAAUUGCUGUGCUGUCUCAGUGGAGCGCCCAUACCGACCAUACAAUGGUACAAGGGGUCGAAAGAACUGUCGAAACGCGAGUAUACCAUCACGCACACGGACGGAGUAAUCACAUUGGAAAUACUAGACUGCAAACCGGAAGAUUCGGGAAAAUACCGCUGUGUGGCCAUUAACAAGCACGGCACCGACGAAACCAGCUGUGUAGUGAUCGUAGAAGGUAGCGACCAAACUCAAGAACAGGCCGAAUUAUCGCAUAGCUUACUUCAUUCAGGAGACCGCAGGUAUCAUCAACAAAACCACCGGGACCCGCCAAAAGUGAUCACCACUCGUACGGCCAUCACGUCCAACGUACACGGCGACAGUUCAGUAUCUUCAAACAAAACGGUCGCCACAAACGUGUCAACUAAGAUUAGCGACACGACCUUUAGUUCUUCGGACAGAAAGAGCAUUAAAAAAUAUGGUAACAAAUUGGACGCCGUCGGCAGUCCCUCAAGAUCGCGCAGUUCAACCAAAGAAUUAAGAUUAUCGCCGGACGAAGCCAUGUGUCCACCGGACUUCUCGAGUCGCCUGGCCGACACGACGGUUAACGACGGUCAGUCUUUGGAGCUUGUUUGCAAAGUAACCGGUGACCCCGAGCCGCAAAUCACUUGGCUCAAAAACGGAAAGACCAUCAGUUCGUCGAACGUUCUGGACUUAAAGUAUCGAAACAGAGUGGCCACGUUGAAAAUCAACGAAGUAUUCCCCGAAGACGCCGGAGAGUACGUUUGCAAAGCGACCAACUCUUUGGGUACCAAAGAAACGUCUUGUAAACUAACAAUUAAAGCUGUAGAAAUAUCGAACAGUAAAAACAAAACCGAUUCUCCACCAGUGGUCGUCAGCCAUUUGACCUCGGCAGUGGUGACCGACGGCGACGGUAUAACACUACAAUGCCAGAUCAUCGGAUCAAAUAAAUUCGACGUGGUUUGGCUGCACAACUACAAAGAGAUAAAGCCCAGCAAAGAUUUUGAGUAUGGCAACGUAGCCAACGUUUACACUCUCAAGAUUGCCGAGGUCUUCCCCGAAGACUCUGGCACUUACACUUGCGAGGCGUUCAACGACGCCGGGGAGGCAUUUAGUAGUUGCACGAUUGUCGUUCUAACGCCCAACGAAAAACCCAAGGGAAUCACGUUCGACAAGUUCCCGAAAUCGGUUACCGCCCAAGAAAAAGAAAGUAUCGAAGUAGAUUGCGUUAUCGAAGGAAAACUUGACGAAGUUGUUUGGUACAAAGACGGUGUGCCCAUCGGCGACGACUCUACUAUCUAUCAGACGACAAAUGCCGGCAACAAGUACAAAAUCAAAAUCCUUAGAGCCGGACCCGACGACAUCGGCCAGUACGUAGUCGAAGCUAAAAAUGCAUCAGGCGAGCACGUUGCAGCAGCGUUCUCCGUCAACUUAUCCGUUUUGUCCGACUAACCAUUCAAGCGUGCAAUACUAGUUACUACAUGGAACAAUAAUUAAAAUCAAAACAAUCUCAAAUUUCCAGUUGUGACUGCAGACCACCGCGCAUAUAAUAUUAUAAUAAUAAGUUAAUUCGACGUGUCAUCGUGUUAAGUAAUUUUAAAUGUAUAUUACACUAAUUGUGUAUGUAUAGCGAACGUUAUUUUACGUUUAGAAUAUAACACAGUUAAUAAUUGUAAUAUUUUAAGUUAUAAUUAUUUAUUUUCUUCGCGUUUUAGAUACCAGAAUUAUCACUGUAUUCGAAUAACAUCGUGUUUAACAUAUUAUUUUGAUUACAUGACAAAAUAACUUGUAUCUCAUAAGUGUAUAGUCAUUAUUUUGUUUUUGCUUUUUGAAACUAAUUUAUAUCUACAAUCAAUUUUUUUAAAUAAAAAAAAAAAAAAUACUUAUCAAACUCACACUUAAACGAGGUACAAUUUAUUGGUAGCUCAACAAAUUAGAUUUAAGCAAGGUUUGUUAAAGUUAUAUCACCGACUAAUGUAUGUUUGUUUGAAUGAUUUAUAUCCACUGUUAUUAAACAUAUGUCAGAUGCCCAUUUCAUCCCUUCUUAUUUGUAUCGAAUAUUAUUUAUUGUUGUUUAUUUAUUCUAUAAAUUAAUUUAAAUCUACCUAUAGAACUCCGCUUAAUCAGGAGAUUUUUCUGCAGCUAUUAACUUUAUUAAUUCGUUAAGUUAUGUUGCAACAUAAGAAUUUAUUUGUUAGUUUUUAAUCGUUUAAUGUGCUCUAUUUAUUUUAGGUUAUAUUAAUUA